AUUUCGCUCAGAAUUUUCCGAGCAGCGGUCCCGAACGGUCGUCGUUUGGUUGGGUCGUUUGCCGCGUUGCGCGAGUCAAAAUUUUCCACCAUUUUCCAUCAUAUUUUUUUGGUUUCUUCGAAAAGAUGUAAAGCACGCGAUAAAACGGCAAUUUCGGGGAGUGAUUGAGAGUGUUAAGUGGUGAUUUGAUUAGUGCGCUUCGAUUAGUGGAUAAGAAUCGACAUAAUUUCAAAUUAGUGAAAAUUUGUGAAAUUGAGAAGAAGAAAAAACCGGCUUAGGGAAAAUCAGAGCUGGUCUUGUGUGUAUGCGUGAGCAGUCGACCGAUAGAGAGUUUAUUUUUAAUCGUAAAACAGUGUGUGACUUUGAGUAACCGUUGUUCGGUGACGUCACAAAGUUCGUGACUUCGCGGAUUUAAAAGAGAGAGAGAGAGUUUCAACCAUGGAUCAGCAGCCCAAGUCAGACGUCCCAGCUGUGGUGGCCCGUAGACGUCGCAAGACGGCCCGUCAGCUGCGUGAAUCAACGCCGGAUCCGUCCCGGGAUGGCGCCACCGGCGAUGGUUCCGCCAGCCAGAGUCAGGCCUCGGACGACCAGAGUGGCUCCGAAGGAAAGGGCUCGCUCAGCAGCAGCGGCGGAAGCGGCGUCAAAAAGAGCUUCAUCGAACGAGCCAUGGACUACAGCAGCCACCGGAACAAGAUCCUCGCCAGGAAGGACAAAAAACUCGCCACAAUGACGCCCCGGAGCCGGUCCGUCCCGCGGGAAGUCGAGGUCGAAUCGGUGCCAAGCAGUCCGGAGAUCUUUUCGCUGCUGCGACGUGCCAAGAAAAGUUUGACCGGGUCGCGCAGCAAACCCAAAACCGACGACUCCAGUGAUGGUGGCAAGGUCUCGGACACCGAGGUGCGCAAACGUCGCGAACGCAUCGAGCGCUACCAAUCGGAACGGGGCAAGAACACUUCCACCGGCGAAGCUGGCGCUGGCGAUUCUCCUGCGGCCACCAACUUGUCCCGCUUCAACGAGGAACGACGCAAGUUUGAGCUGGAGAAGCUCAAGUUCUUGCAGGAAAAGCGAGAGUUGGAUCGGAUGAGGUUGAGGCGGUUCGAGAAGUACCGGGAGGAGCUCCUCGAGGAGCAGCGCAAGAAGCUCCAGGUUGAGCUGCGGAACCGCGAGCGGGAUGAGCGUUCCAAGAGUAUCGAAGCUCCCGUGCUUCCACCGAUCCCUCCCACGCGGUCAAAGACGCCGGUAUCACCUGGGCCGACCAAGAAGUUGUUGCUGGUAGUGCCGAAGACUUCCAGCGCAUCGGCUUCGAGCAGCGAGGACGAGGCUGAUCACAACACGAGCGAUGAGGAGAAGAUGGCAACGAUUCGGAGGAGGUUUUCACCGAGGAAGCCGAAACGGCCAAAGUCGGGCAAGGCUGAGCCGGUGAGGCAGCUACCGAGGACGCCGGAGCUGGCUACGUCUCCCGAGCCGGAGUCGGAGCUUCCGUCGGACUUUCCGCCGGAGGCGGAGGAGCCGACCUCGCCGGAAGUGGUUGUGGUGGAACCAGUCGUGAAGCAGGUGGUUAUUCCAGAGAAGGUCGAACCGGAGAUGGUGCUGACGCAGAGGAAGGUCGUGAAGCAGGAUGAGAAGGAAGAUAAGAAGGAUGGCGUGGUGGAGGAGAAGAAAGUGGGAGAUGUAACAGAGAGCAAAGAUGAGAAGAACGAUGAGAAUAAGGAACUGUCCGUAGUGGAUGAGAAGAAGGUGGAAGGACCGAAGGAGAAGAAACGAAGACGAGCGCUGCUGGUCUACGUGGAGAAGGAUGGGGAUAAGUUCAGUUGGUCGGAGAUUCUGGGCGAAAUGAAAGACUUCUGGUUGGACUUUAUCGACGACAAUCCGUUAGAGAUUCAUAGGAUGCGUCUCCAGGUGAACGAGUGCUGCUUUUACUUUGGGGUGAUGGUGUUGCUUUGCGGCGUCGGAGGGAUCAUCUUCCGGGUCACGGAAGGAACCUUUGAGUCGCAGUACAAGUGUGGCGUGAAGCGCGUCAAGCGUGACUUCAUCGAUCAUCUCUGGUUGUCCAGUCAUAAUCAGAAGGAAGAAGACUGGAAGGCGACGGCUAGGGCUAGGCUGCGCAAGUUUGAGGAGGAACUGCAGGUCGCUUUUGAGGCAGGAAUGAAAACCUACAGCGGUAACACGGCGUGGAACUUUGUCAACGGUGUGAUCUACUCGCUGACUGUGGUGUCGACAAUUGGUUAUGGCCAUAUUACGCCUUCCACGACAACGGGCAGGGCGUUAACGAUAGUGUACGCCAUUAUAGGGAUACCGAUCUUCCUGAUAGUUUUGGCAGAUUUUGGCAAGCUGUUCACCAGAGGGAUCAAGUUCUUGUGGGCGUACGUAAGGCGGUUGUAUUAUACCGGAUCGUUCCGGAAGGUGCGGAAGACGUCGCAAGUCCAGAGUGAGUUGAGCUUCCGAACGGAGGUUCUGGUGUUGCUGGCAGGCCCCAAGGCUCCGGACGAGUCGUCCUACUCGAACCUGGGGACGCGAUUGACGGCCUUUGUGUCCCCGCCCAGCGGUGGCGAGUGCUAUCGAAAUGAGGAAAAUCUGCGACCGUGCUGUGUUGCAGCAACUCCUACCGCCCCAUCGUCGUCGUCGUCGUCGUCGGUAGCGCCACCACCGUCAAGCGAUCGAUAUUCCUCCACUAGCUCAGCUCCCACGUCUAUUAUCGGCUAUCCUGAUAACAGAAAUGCACCUCAUCACCGGUCGAUGUCGCCCAGUUCCCGGACCCGCUACCCGGUUCCCGAAAGGUUUCGUGACCCUCCGCCAGCACCGAAAACCGAUCAGUACGGAAACUAUCUGAUCAACAAUCCUCCCCCGCUGAUGACCAACUCCGAGAGCUACAGCUAUCUCACUUCCACUGUACAUACACCCGUGAAGCGCUACAUCCCGACGCCGCCACCACCGGAGAACUACCACCAGCAGGACAUGGGCUUGGGACCAACGCUGAUGGCCGGCCUAAUCGCGUCCAAGGGCGGCAUCAACAUCAUCAACCAAUCGACAUCGCGGACUCCCGUCGUCAGUACCCUGCCCUACAGGCUCAAGGUAGAACCCAAAUCAUCCCAAGUUCAGCACUUGACCGCCGAAGACGCCACAGACCAUUACGCCACACCACCUCGGGCAAGACCCGUCAAAUGCCAACAGCCACUGUGCACCUUUGCUCAAUCGGCAACUCUCGGACGACAACCGCGUCAACUCUGCCCCGGCACCCAGGAGUACUCCCUGCUACGCACACCCACUCCCGUAAGUAUCAUGAGCGAACCGAUGAACGCCGCCAAUCCUACCGACGAAGACAACUGCUACCACUGUAGCAGCUUACGUAGAGCCACCGGAGUCCACCAAACCACCCAAACAUCCGGACCGAUCAGCCCCCAACCACUCUCGAUCUCCUCCGUCUCCAUGUCCGAGAUGGAACGUCAGUCUCCGAUGAGCCCACCGUCUAUCGUGUCGCACACUUCCUACUCCCACAACCACCACCCGCUGGUCACCGGAGACGACGUCGCCCGCAACGCUUCCUCCCUGAUCAUCUCCCAAUCGCACACGCUCAACAGCUCCUGUAGCAACCCCUCCAUCAUUAUCCAGUACCAGCAGCAGCACAUCCAGCACCAACAGAUCCAACAGCAGCCUCUCUACCAACAGCUCCAACAGCUGCAGCAACAACACGCACAACAACAACUCCCGCUCCAGCAAAUCGUCACUCCACGUCUCCAACCGGACUCAACGCCAUCAACGCUUCAACGCAACACCCAGCUGCUCCGCACUCGUCUAUCGCACAAGCAACGCAUCAAAGAGUACCUCCGCCGUAGCACGUCACAAUUCUUCGGCGUAGACCUGGUCAACGAAGACUACGAGCAACAAAAGUGGGAAGAUCGCCAGAAACGACUCGCCAUCCGUCGCUUCGGCCCGCUCAAGGAUGAAGCCGUCGUCCACAGGGUGCACGAAGUGCACGCAGACGUCCUGAACGAGCACAACGACCGUCCGGACGUCCUCCCAGCCCAAAGCCAAGACGAACCAGAAACCGAACAAAACCGCCGUCAGCGGUUCAACCCGUACUAUCGCCACGACGGCACCGAUGGCUUCCAGGUCGAGCGGAAGCCAUCCGUGUCCCAAAUGGUCGCCAACGGCUUCGUCUUCGUCGUACAAAGCCUCCGCAAUCGGAUCCCUCGCCGACACAAUCAGUGGUCGCGCAGCUUUGCCCCGGCCCACGUUGCGCUCAACAACGACGACAACGAUCUGUGCGACGGGUUAACCCCCAUCCACGAUGACGAGCUGUUCUUCGACAUCCCAACGAUCGCAAACCAGCAGCAGCAGGUGCAAGAGCACGAACUGGGCGCAGACAACUCGCGUCAAAUCUACAUGGUAGACCCGAAUCGGGCCACGAUCAGCAACGGGUGGCGCACUCGCUCGGCGGAAAUUCAGCAGCAACGGGGAGGUCGCCCGAGAAACCCGCUCUAUCAGUACUACGGCCAACGAAUUACGGCGCACAUACUGGACAGCGUGCUGGACAACGCUCGGAGGCCAUCGAACCAUACGAUCAAGCUGUUGCGGCCAAACACUUUGGACGAUCGGUACGAUUACAGGCCGUUCUUUACGUACUGGGUGAAUACGACGCAGGUGUUGGUGCUGCUGCUGACGCUGCUGUGCUACGGAAUUGGGCCGAUCGGGAUCGGGUACGAGCAGAAGACGAGCCAGGUGCUGGUGACGAGCUUGAGCUUACAAACGGUGCACUACUACGACCAGCGCAACAUCUGGAUCGGGCCCCGACGGGACGAUCUGGUCCACGUGGGGGCCAAAUAUGCACCGUGCAUGCGCCGCGACACCCGGAUAAUGGACACCAUAACGAAAACGCGCAAACAGGAACGCGAAACGGCCUGCUGUAUACGAAAUGACGACUCCGGCUGUGUUCAAAGCUCGCAGGCGGACUGCUCCGUGCGGGGACUGUGGCCUACUACCAUUUCAACGUGGAAGAAGUGGUCCCCCGGGGAUUCCGGUCCUGGAGGACGGAUAUCGGGUAGCGUGUGCGGAUUGGAUCCCAAGUAUUGCGAGGCACCGGCUUCGAUAGCACCGCACGAGUGGCCCGACGAUAUCACCAAGUGGCCAAUCUGCCGGAAGAACAACCAGGGUUCGCAAAAGUUCCGCUUCAAAGACCAAACGGCGGAACACAUGGUUUGCGAGGUGAUUGGCCAUCCGUGCUGCGUGGGAAUCUCCGGAGAGUGUCGGAUCACCACCCGGGAGUAUUGUGAUUUCGUGCGAGGAUACUUCCAUGAGGAGGCCUCGCUGUGUUCACAGGUUUCUUGCUUGAACGAUGUGUGCGGGAUGUUUCCGUUCAUCGCAACGGACAUUGCGGAUCAGUUCUACCGGCUGUUUACGUCGCUGUACCUGCAUGCCGGCAUCGUGCACAUUGUGCUGACCUUUGCCUUUCAGCACUUUCUCCUGGCGGAUCUGGAGCGGCUGCUGGGAUCGCUGCGGACGGCCAUCCUGUACAUCGGGUCGGGCAUCGCGGGCAACCUGGCCAGCGCCAUAUUUGUACCAUACCGACCGGAGGUCGGUCCACUGCCAUCGCUAGCGGGCACGCUAUCCUCGCUGCUAACCCUGCUGGUUCUGUGCCACUGGCGCAAUCUAAAGCGUCCCCAUCUGGCCCUGCUCAAGCUGCUCGUCGUGGGCGUCCUGGUGUUCGGCAUGGGCACCCUGCCCUGGCAGCAAAACUUUACCGGCCUAGUGUCCGGGCUGAUCUUUGGCGUCACGUUCACGCUAGCGCUCACGCCAUUCGUCACCGUGAGGAAACACAGUCGGAAACGAAAGAUCAACCUAAUCUGGACCUGCUUCGUGCUUCAUUUCGUGCUGUACGCUUUUAUGUUCCUGGCCUUUUACCUUUUUGCGGCGCCAUUUUCGCUCAACUUUGUCGAUGGCAACCAGAUCGCCAGCGUCAACGACAACGGCAUCCUGCACGAUCACUUUGGUCCGUACGAUACGUUGCACUUUUACAACGGAAGGGUCGGCGAUAGCUCCAGCGGUGGGCCGGCGUCUUCCGGGGGAGGUGGCUCGAGCGGCGGAGGAGGUCAACUCAACGGACACAGGGAAUACGACCGCGGUGGAGGAGGAGGAUCCGGUCGAGGUGGUGGCGGUGCUAUCAGUAUGUCGGGUGGGACGGUUAAAAAUAUUAAUCCGAAAUACAAUAAUAUUCAUAGCAGCAGCAGCAGCAGCAGUAGCAACGCUAAUCAUAACACUAAAACCAAUAGCCAUACUAGUCAUAACAGCAAGGUAGCUAUAUGUGAGAAGGGACAGUGCAAUCCGCGUCCGAACGCAUGACGUCGUCGAAGUGUUUUAUAGGUUCUCCAAUCAUUGCUGUUGCAGCAGCAGAAGCAGCAGUUGGUUUACGUUUACGUUCUUUUUUUCAUUCACGGUCACGGAUUAUUGUAAUCGUUACACGAUAACGAAUAUAUACUGAUAUACUAUAUAUACUAAAGUGAAAAAAAUAAAAAGAACGCAGGUAA